AAUAGUGGGUAACUAGAGUUGUGUGAAACAUUUGUCAUGAGCCAAUAGUGAGUAACUAGAGUUGUGUGAACCAUUUGUCGGUGAACUAGAUGUCGUUGAACCAUUUGUCUGAUGAAAAUAAUUGUCUUGGUGAACCUAUUUUCUUUGACCCAUUUGUUGUGACCCGCUCUAAAGCAAGUUUUAAUCUAUUGCCUCUCCACACACUCAAUUCUUUUCCCGCAUUAUCAACACACAUACACACACACACACACGCUCGCGCGUUUAGGCCAUACAGCUAUUUUGUAUUUGGAAAAGAGAAAAGAACUAUUGAUUUGUUGUCAUUGUCAGGGGGAGGUAUUGCGAGAACAUGUUACUUUGUUAAUAUGUUUGGUAUGCUAGUUAUAUCUCUUGUUUAUGUACUCCCAGGCCCAGGUUAUGAUUGUGAACAGUCUGCACGUGUUAUGAGCUGAAUUCUUUAGACUUCCUUGAAUGUGUGAGAGGUCUUGCUCCCGGUCCAGGAAGGUUGGACGGUCGCUUCCUGGACUGGUGCUUGUGUAUUAAUAUUUACUGAGUGUUGAUUUCAUUGUGCGCUUUAUUGAAUAUUAGAGUAUUAUUGUUUUUCAUGGAUAGCUGGAUUUGAAGUUUAUUUAGUAAUAAUUUGUUCUUAUUUGAGUAACCUCUAAUGAGCCACGCAAGAAAGGAACUUGACAGUCAUAAAGAGCUUGUUUAAAAAAUCCGCAUUAAAUUUAAAAAAAAAGAAGAUAAUUUUCUACUUUACUACACGACAGCUCUACAUGAGCGUUGUAUUUAGGCAGUAAUAAUACUAAGGCUUGUCUUCCAGUCCGAAGAUCAAUCCAAUCUUCAAACGAUAAUGUUUUCUAGUCAAAUAACGAAGCUAGAUCUGGACAUUUCAGCAAGUGUUACAAGUUUUGAAAAGGACUCUAGGAGAAUAUUGAAACAAAUCAGACCAAACUGGGAUACAGAUAAGAUUUGUUUCAAAGUCUUUACAGAUGGCUUCAUGAACAGCAUGUUUGGGUGCUAUGUGGAGGAUAAUGUCGAUGACAUAAUAUUAAUACGUAUCUAUGGACAAGGAACAGAAAUUCUAAUCAACAGGGAAGAGGAGCUUGAAGCUUUUGGCUUGUUGAGUGCUGCUGGAUGUGCUCCUCCAUUGUAUUGUGCUUUUAAUAAUGGCAUGGCUUAUGGUUUCUUCCCUGGAAUUCCUUUAGAUUCAGAGAGUGUGCAGGAUCCUAAAAUUCAAAGAUUGAUAGCCAAAGAACUGGUCAGAAUACACACAGUUCAGGGUCCCAGAACUUCAGAAGUGCCUCCCAAGUCAGAGUACAAGAAAAAAGCUUUAUCAUGGUUAGAGGCAAUACCUUCCCACUAUGACGAUCCAACACAACAAAUUGUCUUUGAGAAGGAGAUUCCACCUAAAGCAGAGUUGAAGAAUGAACUUGAUGAAAUAGUAAGAACAUUGGAAGGUUUAAAUAUGGAUGUUGUGUUCAGUCACAAUGACACAUUCCUAAAGAAUAUCAUUUAUAAUGAACAAGAAGAAACAAUACACUUUAUCGACUAUGAAUAUGCUUCGUACAACUAUGAAGCCUUUGAUAUUGGAAACCACUUUGCAGAGUUUGGUGGGGUAGACAAAGUGAACUAUAACCCGUAUCAAGGUCACCAAUACCCAGACAAAAAUGAACAAUUUAGAUGGCUAAGGAAUUACCUGGAAUAUAAGCAUGAGGCAGAAGGAAGUCCAGCCAUCACAGAGCAAGAUGUUGAACGUCUGUAUGUCCAGACCAACAAAUGUGCCUGUGCGUCACAUUUUUUAUGGACCCUUUGGGCUCUUGUGCAAACACAAUACUCAUUGAUUCCUUUCAACUUUCUUCAAUAUGCCAGCUCCAGAAUGACUGAAUAUUAUAAAAGAAAGAAAGAAUUUUUUCACCUAGAAUUACCAACAACAUAGUGAUUCUCAGUAAGAGCUAUGUGGUAAUGUGUGAGAUUGUCAAGAGAAAUUGAAUCAAAUGUUAGCAAUAUGGCAAUCAAUACACUUUGGGAAUGAUCAUUUAGUGGGAUUCAAAAUUGAGGGAGUAUGGAGCAAUGGAAGAAGUAAAUAAACUUAGCUCAAGGAAUACUACUCAAAAAAAGGUUGAGAAACACUGUAAGGAGUCAUUUCCAUUUGGAUUGUUUGAUUACACAAAUGUGUAGUGCUGCGAUUUGUAGAAGUGAAAGUUGUAGUGCCUUCAUAGGGAAGAUCCAUUAUUGGUUUUGUGGUGUCAUUUUGUCUGUAUGACUGUCCUUUUUAAUUGUCGAAAAAUGUUGAAAUCUAUUUCACUCACCCUCAUUGUUCUAAGAAUAGGUAGAUCUAUUGUUUGGUGUUUCUGAAAGUGAACUUUUUUGUUUGCGUGUUAAAUUUAAACACAAAUGUUUAGCUUUUUAAAUAACCUACACCAUUUUCAAAACAUCAUUCAAGAGUCUUAAUUAGAAUAUACUACUGUAUAGUGAUCAUCUCUACAUGUACUCCCCUCCUGAGUCUUUGUCUCUCUAUUCCUCAUCUUUAUUUCUCUCCCUCUCUGUGUCUUCACACUCUCUGUCUCUAUUUGUCUCAAUCUCUCUUUCUCUCUCUCUCUCUCUGUAGCUCCUCUUUAAUCGCAGUCUCUGUCUCUCUCUCUCUGUCUCUUUUUUUUUCUCUUUCCUCUCAUUCUCUGUCUAUUCUCCUAUUUUGUCUGUCUUCGUCUCCACCUCACUUUUGCUCUCUCUCUGUCUUUCCCUUAUCUCUUCAUCUUUCUCUAUGAAUAUAUGUAUACCGGUAUUUACAAAAAUAACCUUUCUCUGUGAAUAUAUGUAUACCGGUAUUUACAAAAAUAACCUUUCUCUGUGAAUAUAUGUAUACUGGUAUUUACAAAUAUAACCUUUCUCUGUGAAUAUAUGUAUACCGGUAUUUACAAAUAUAACCUUUCUCUUUUUUUAUGUCUCUCUCCCCUCUUUGUCUGUCUCUGUCUUUCUUCAUCUCUCUCUCCAUUAUCACGUUCCCUUUCUAUCUGUAUCACCUCUGUACCACCUCUGUCUCUUCCACCACUUUCUUUUUCAUAGUCUAGCUUUCUCUCUCUCUCUUCCUCUCUCUCUCUCUCUGUCUGUAUCUCUCUGAGUCUCUCUCUCUUUAUAUGUUUGUAUCUGUCUGAGUCUCUCUCUGUCUGUAUCUGUCUGAGUCUCUCUCUCUCCACUCUUUCUCUCUGUUACAUUUAUAUGUGUAUGUAUGUAUGUUGUGUGUGUGUGUGUGUGUUUGUUUACUUGAUGUUUCUCUUGUUCUACUGUUCAGUGUGUUCACGCGCUCACGUCUGUUAUUAGUGUGUAUUUAAGUCUCCUGUUAGUUUUUUCACUUUCUUGUCAUGUCAAUAGAAUGGAGUUGUAACUUAAACAGCAGUGUUGUUAUUAUAUCAUAAUUGAUAAUACAAUACUCUCUUUUCCUGCCUCUCUCUGUCUCUUUUCGUUUCACUCUUCCUUUCUGUCUCACUUCUCUCUCUCUUUUUCCACUCUCUUUCACAGUCUCACUCAUUGUAUUUCUCUCUGGAGCUUUGGUCUCCGUCUCUAUGUCUCUCAUCCUCUCUCUCCCUCUCCUCUAUAUUUCUCUCUGCCCCUGUAUUUUUAUCUCGACUCUUUUAUCAGCUGAUUUACAAUUUGACUUAGUCCUCCAGGUCGCAAAUGCCACUGAACAAAGAAAGGUGAAGAGUUGGGAUAAGAACUUUAAGGGCACGGUGAACAAUGAUGUGUCAUAAUCAAAGAAUAAAGCCAAGUCUUGAUGUAUCUUUUUACUGUGUUUCUCGCGAAGAUUUUCCUAGCAAUUGAAAGAAAAGAUAUUCCUCUGUGGUUAUCGCAGAUUUAGCGUUUGGUUGAUAUGGUGCGCAAAGGUGCACGCGUUCAAUAUAAUAAAGUAUCAUUCUGCGCCAUCAUUCUCCGCCAUGACACUAAAGGUUGUUGUUGGUUUAUUGCUGACUGUGAACCUAGAUCUCAAUUAACAUGGUGGAAGCGGUGUAUUAAUGAUCAGAGGUAAUCAUUAAUCAGUAUAUAAAGGUUUAUUGCUUGCAAUAAUAAAUAGGCAACAAUUCAAGGCUACGCCGUGCAAUGGCAGCUAGAAAUUUCCUUCCUGUACCC